UGCUGUGGAGAGCCUAGCCGUCCUUUUUCGAUGUGCGCGCGUCAGAUAUUAGUUUCGUUUGUACAGUAACUGCACCACUGGCAAUGUCCUGGGUGCACCCGAUGCAGUCGUUGCCUCUGAUUGGAGCCCCUCAUCAAUCACCAAACUUUGAGACUAGAGAGGUACGCACGGCUCAGCCUGCAUUUUGUUCGGAUCUGAAGGGAAAGAUUUCGAGAAAAGGGCCCAGUAGAGGAAGAUAUAAAGGUUGUUUCGACCCCAGGCCCAAACGAUAUUUUUUCAUCAUUAUUCCAUCAUCCUCCCCUGCCCUUCAUCAGACGAACUUCACGCCUAUUCCAUCCUUCCCCUUCACGAGAACCAUCCAGUCUUUAUACUCCACCUACUACUCCAUCUAAUAUCCACCAUGUCUGCCGAUCUGAAACCUCUCCGCAUUGUAAUGGCCUGCGACGAGGCCGGGCAGCCAUAUAAGGAGACCCUCAAGGCUGCCUUGGAGAAAAGCUCGUUGGUCGACUCCAUCCUAGAUGUUGGUGUCAAUUCCACCAGCGACAAAACCGCUUAUCCCCAUCCUGCCGUUGCUGGCGCCAAACUCAUCAAAGAGGGCAAGGCAGACCGUGGGCUAUUCAUUUGUGGAACUGGUCUCGGUGUCGCAAUCUCUGCCAACAAGGUGCCCGGAAUUCGUGCGGUCACAGCCCAUGACUCUUUCUCCGUCGAGCGCUCUAUCCUCAGUAACGAUGCUCAGGUUCUUUGCUUCGGCCAGCGCGUUAUUGGCAUCGAGCUCGCAAAGAAACUCGCCAGCGAGUGGCUGACCUAUCGCUUUGACCCCAAGAGCGCUUCCGCCGAAAAGGUCCAGGCUAUUUCCGACUACGAAGCUCAGCUGUUCGGCGAAGCCGCUGCUGCUCAGUAACCGACGUUUCAGAUGCUCGCAUCUUGAAACCGCGAUCAUCGAAACAAGAACGAGUUCUGUUGCGAUACCUCACCAACACCCGUCCUAACACUCUGUCGGAAUCCCCCCCGACA